GUAUAAAUAAAGAUGGACGUCAGAGUAGACACAGGUGACGAUUCUGGCAUUCUCUCUUCGUCAACUUUACAAUUGUACGAGUCGCAGUUUUUCGGCUUCACCCCUCAAACAUGCAUGUUGCGGGUCUACAGCGCCUUCCAGGACUGUUUGUGCGACAUCUUGCCCGUCGUGGAGAAGGAAUGUGCCCGACAACUGAGUAAAGGCAAGUCGAAAGCCACUGAGGAGCAACUGCGUGUGCGGGCCAGGGAGUGUACUCGGAAGCUGCAACAGUUUUUAGUCGAGCGCUUCAAGCAACUGUCGGAGACAGUGGAGGCCUUACUGGUCACUCGGUGUUUCUCCAUACCGCCCAAUGUUCUGCUGCCGGAGGAUGAGACACACAGAAAACAUCCUCCAGACACACAGGAGAUGCUCAGACUGGAGACGUCCUUGACGGACCUCCACAGCGCUUAUGAGGCGGAGGUGUGUGCCAGACAUGCCCUCCAGGCCGAGCUGCAGGAGCAAGCAGACUUGCAGAAGCAUCUGGAUGACUUUCUGACUUGGAUCAAAGAGCUUCAGGCUGCUUGGCUGAUGGAGGGAAAUGGCAGUUUCCAGGAAAGUUUUCAACUAGUGACUGCGUCUGUGAAGAAACUGCAGGAAGCCAUAGUGGAGGUGUGCAACAAGGCCCCUUGAUGAACUAAAUUUAAUUGCUCCCAAGACUUAUUGCAGUCCUUUCGACUCUUAAAUCUGAUUGACCGCAAGGUGGGAGAGGUAGAGGCAUAAAAUCUACAUCAAUGUCUUAAUAGUGUUUGGACAUAAUACAUUCCAAGGGGUUUUUUGGUGCAAAGAUUGACUGCACACCUUUAGUGGCCUAACAUUUUAGUGAGGCGUGUCUCUGCAAUAUUCAGUCGUCGCCAACAGAGGGCGCAAGUGUUUGUACGCAAUAAAAAAAAAUAUCUCACUGCUGUGAGAAUGCUCUUAAGACUACUACUAAAUCAAUAGAAGAAUAACUGUUUACCCAGGUGAACUGCUGAAAACACUUUCAAAAUGUACUGGAAGAAAAUGAAGAACAGUAAGCAUUGGUAACGGGAAAACGAGUUUGACUCAAGGAUAAUGAGGAAGAAGGAUAAUGAGGUCUAUAUAGGUCCAGGUCAAGAAAGCUAAAUGAAUCUGCAGAGAAGCAUCACAUAUAAAAGAAGAGAAGUGAGAAAAGAAUUGUUUAGAAUGGCAAUUCAGUUUCAUCAGCUCGUUCGGUGCCAAGCAUCUUUAAACUUAUUGUCAUUAUUUCGUUUAAUAAUUUCAAAGUUAAUGUUUUUUGAGAAAUGGGGCCCUCCUUAUUUCUAAACAAAAAUUUACCUACUACACCGAUGGCAAGUAUUGUCCUUUUUAGCCACUAGGUGGCAUCAUCUACUUUCCAACACGGUAUCCUUGGCACUACACGACUGCCAAAAUGAAAAUCAUUGCUCUUUUUUUUUCUUUUUGCUUAUUAAAUGUGUAUGUAUGUUUGGUAUAAUAAAUAGUCAAACAAGCCCAUAACGCCAAUAGCAAUAUAAAGUAUAUACUGCAGCUACUGUAUGUGAUCAUACCACUACUCUAUGUCCAUUAUUGUCAAAUAGAGUAUAAUAUCAACAUUAAACUAGUGCUAGGUUUUCAGCUAGCAACGAUGUCAGAAGCUGAAAAUGUGAUUUAUAGCCACAGCAACAGUUGGGAGAAAGUGCAUAAACAACAACAGUUCAAAUGUAAACAUUUGUUUUAGCCACAACAGUCCUGGAAGUGUGUGAGGGAGAUCCAGAUGGGACCGUGUGAGAAUUAGCAAAGGGAUUGUUGUCCUUUGGAGUGGCAACAUUUCUGGAUAAAAGUCUGUGUUUUAUGGAAACAAUUAAAGCAGAUAGACAUGGCAUAUUUUAGUUACCUUAUUUUGCAACGCGAUUAGUUCAGUAUUUUAGAAACAGGUUGUCAGAAUGAUGUGCUGUAUUGCUAAAACCCAAUAUUAAAUACAUACAUACAUAAAAGCCUCCCAGUCAACUAUCAUUUUUGUCAAUGUGGGAUCUGUGUCGCAGACACCCGGUGG